AUGUCAUUACUGACCUCGUUGAAAGAAUACCUCCCAUGGAUUCAACCGCCCCUCAUAAUCAACGCUCCAAUGAGCGGGAUCGCCAAAAAGCAAGCUAGCCGUUGCCCCGGAGGUCUUGGCCAAAUCGGCUACCUGGACGAUCUGCACGCACUCGCAAAUGAGCUCGAGAUCGUCAAACAGUCCCUCCAUGAAUCCAACCUUAAUGUUUCCAAACCGCUCCCCAUCGGUCUUGGUGUAAUAGUCUUCGGAUCGCCGCUAGAAGCUUGGCUGAAAUUGUUCGCAAAGUACAAACCCGCUGUGGCUUGGCUUUCCUUUGCCGAUACCAAGGAACUGCAAGAAUGGACAGAAGCUAUUCGGCGCUGCUCUCCUGAGACUCGUGCUUGGGUCCAGCUGGGGAGCGUGCGUGCUGCUGUUGAUGUGGCUCGGGCCUGUCGGCCUGAUGCUCUUGUUUUGCAGGGUAGUGAUGCGGGAGGCCAUGGACACGAGAGCGGGGCUAGUGUUAUCUCACUUAUUCCGGAGGUCGCUGAUGCUUUGAGUGAUCAUGGAAUUGAUGGUCUACCUCUCAUUGCAGCUGGGGGAAUAAUUGAUGGGAGGGGGUGUGCUGCUGCAUUGGCACUCGGGGCUUCUGGGGUCGUUAUGGGGACUCGUUUCCUUGCUGCGGAGGAGACUUCCAUUCCGGCCAUUUACCGAGAUGCGAUCUUUGAAGCGUCGGAUGGUGGCGAGGCAACUGCAAGAUCUAGGGUUUUUGAUGAGAUCUGGGGACCAAACCUUUGGCCAGAGACUUAUGAUGGUCGGUGUUUGAAGAACAAGGUAUAUGAGCAGCAUAGAAGUGGUGUCGAUAUCAACCAGAUUAGGGCCUGGCUUUUCAGCUCCAUGAAUAAUCCGGCGGCUGAGAGGUUAGGACCAAAAGAUAUGGGGAGUAUCUGGGCUGGUACGGGUGUUGGCUUGGUCAAGAAGCAAGACAAGGCGGAGGUCAUUGUUCAGGGGGUGAGAAGCAAUACUCACCGUUGCUUGGAAAGAGCAUAUCUAUACAUGGGCUAG